CCGAGCAUGAGUCCACAUCAAACGGCUUGACAUAAUUUGUGUGUCCGUAGACUUUUGGUCUAUGAACAAAAUAGAAAAGUGAAGAAAAGGAAAGGGAUGUGAGAACAGAACGUCAUAAUUUUCUCUUCCUCUGGCUGCAUACUCUCUCUCUCUCUCUCUCUCUACCUUUCCGUCCAAUCCGUUUGAAGCCACAAAUACAUAUACACUGUUUUUAAAUAGUCGGUUUCCUUCUUAAAUCUUGCCUCUUGGAGUUCUAUUGGCCGUUGAGUGAUUGCUGUGAGUCUGUGAUCAGCCAUGUCUUUCAGAGUCAGGGGGCCGAAUGCUUCUUCGGGCAUGGGCGUUGCUGAUCAAAGCAAAAACACAUUUUUAGAGCUGCAGAGGAAAAAGGUCCAUCGGUACGUGAUUUUCAAGAUUGAUGAGAAGAAAAAGGAGGUGGUUGUUGAGAAGACUGGCGAUCCUGCUGAGAGCUAUGAUGAUUUCACCACCGCCUUGCCUGAGAAUGAUUGCCGAUAUGCUGUAUAUGACUUCGAUUUUGUGACUCCUGAAAAUUGCCAAAAGAGCAAGAUAUUCUUCAUCGCGUGGUCACCUGCAGUCUCUCGUAUUCGUGCCAAGAUGCUUUACGCCACAUCCAAAGACCGGUUCAAACGAGAGCUUGAUGGCAUCCAUUAUGAGAUUCAGGCUACCGAUCCUACAGAAAUGGAUCUUGAAGUUAUCAGAGACCGUGCACACUAAGAGUUUCUUUCUUGGAUGAUAAUAAAACUUAAGUGCCCGAGUUCGCCAACUCAUGGAGAAGUGAUUCCAUUUUCUUUGAUCCAUUUCCGGCGUGACAAAGUAUGGCUUGAAUAAGUGGGGCAUUGGGGAAGGCUGAUGUGAAGCUGUAGGCUAAUGGUAUCCGAAAGUUGUAAGGUUCUGCUAAAAAUCAUUGCCUAUCAGAUAGAUCUUUGUAUUCUGAGUCACAUUGUUAUGCAGUACUUUGUUUCAAACAAUAAUACUUUCUUGCUUUGCUUCUGUUAA